AUGUACUGUGUCCUAGGAGCCCACCUGCGUCUCUCCGGAGGGAGGAACGGCUGUGAGGGCCGCGUGGAGCUGUACAACGGCAGCAGCUGGGGGACGGUGUGUGACGACCAGUGGGACCUGAGAGAUGCCCAGGUGGUGUGCCAGCAGCUGGGCUGUGGCCAGGCCAUGGCCGCUCCAGGCAGCGCACACUUUGGCCUUGGCUCUGGGAGCAUCUUCCUGGAUGACGUGCAGUGCCGCGGGGACGAGCCCUCCCUCCAGAUGUGCAGGCACAGAGGCUGGGGUGUGCACAACUGCGCACAUGUGGAGGAUGCCAGCGUCAUCUGUGCAGGAGCCCACCUGCGUCUCUCCGGAGGGAGGAACGGCUGUGAGGGCCGCGUGGAGCUGUACAACGGCAGCAGCUGGGGGACGGUGUGUGACGACCAGUGGGACCUGAGAGAUGCCCAGGUGGUGUGCCAGCAGCUGGGCUGUGGCCAGGCCAUGGCCGCCCCGGGCAGCGCACACUUUGGCCCUGGCUCUGGGAGCAUCUUCCUGGACAAUGUGCACUGCAAUGGGGAAGAGUCCUCCCUCCAGAUGUGCAGGCACAAUGGUUGGGGCGUGCACAACUGCGCACACAUGGAGGAUGCCAGCGUCAUCUGUGCAGAAGCCCAUCUGCGGCUCUCCGGAGGGAGGAACGGCUGUGAGGGCCGCGUGGAGCUGUACAACGGCAGCAGCUGGGGGACGGUGUGUGACGACCAGUGGGACCUGAGAGAUGCCCAGGUGGUGUGCCAGCAGCUGGGCUGUGGCCAGGCCAUGGCCGCUCCAGGCAGUGCACACUUUGGCCAUGGCUCUGGGAGUAUCUUUCUGGAUGACGUGGAAUGCCGCGGGGACGAGCCCUCCCUCCAGAUGUGCAGGCACAGAGGCUGGGGUGUGCACAACUGCAUGCAUAUGGAGGAUGCCAGUGUCAUCUGUGCAG